AUGGGUGGUUUGUUCACCUCUUUCUACGGAGAUGAGCUGUUCCUGAACCUUCGUGACAGACUCCGAGGACGAGAUGGCGUCCAUGAUGACAACGGCACAGCGAUCAUGAUGCUCUUCACAUGUGUGUCCGACCUGAUCGAUAAGUUGACGGAGGUUUAUACAAGCUUGAGGUGCUCUGGCGAUGAGCCAUAUGAGCUUGUACCGAUCUGCUUCGAACGUGUUGAAGUUCCCACGAGCGAGACCACAACGUGUUCAGGUGAACGUCACUACCACAAAAUUGGCGAUAAAGACAGUGAAGUGGUUUUCCCAACAGCGUCCGUCUUCUACAAGGUCAGAGAUUGGUGCAUAAAACGUGUGUGUAGCUCAAAGCCCAUUGAGCAGUUCUUCUACCACAUCAACGGUGGCGCCGGGACCGGCAAAUCUCAUCUCAUCAAGUGUAUCCACGCUGACGCUACCAAAAUACUGCAGAGACUACCACGACUGGCUGAGGAGGCCGACAUUUCCAAGCAAACGGUUGUUCUCGCAGCUUUCACUGGCACGGCGGCGUUCAACAUUUCCGGGGCAACGUUGCAUUGUCUACUCAAACUGCCGAGAAGUCUCAAACCCCCGUACCACGGGCUGGGCAAUAAACUGGACGAAGUCCGAGCCGAGCUGUCCAUCGCCGAAAUACUCAUCAUCGAUGAGAUUUCCAUGGUGUCGAAAGACCUCUUCGCCUACGUGAAUGCCAGGUUGAAACAAAUCAAAGGAAUUAAUUUACCUUUCGGUGGCAUGUCUGUUCUUGCUGUUGGAGAUUUCUUUCAGCUCCCUCCCGUGAGACAGUCCAAACCUCUGUGCGUGUACGAUCCUACGCGGCUGGACCACUGGCGUGACGACUUCAAAAAGAUCACGCUCACCGCCAUCAUGAGGCAGAAAGACGAUGUCGCCUUUGCCGAACUGCUGAACCGACUCCGCGUCAAAGAAAAGUCAGAUGAACUGUCGGAAAUGGACAGAGCUCUCCUUGCCACGAGGUGGAUGGCCAUAACUCUGCGAUGCUGGAACUGCUUCAUAAGGACAUUGUGCAGAUUGACGCGGAUGACUACAAGAAAGACAAAGGAACUGGCAGAAUGGCAAGGUCUGUGCAACGGGAUGUUUGCAAAAGUUGUCAAAUUGGUGAACUAUCCAAAUGAAGCCCGUGUCCAGAAACUUGGGUUGGAACUCGAUCAUGUGAGUAACACAGCGCGUGCUGCUAACCCCGUGUACAUUGACAGACUGGAGGAGAAGCUGAACAAGGCUGGAGUGACGCGCCGACAGUUUCCCAUCAAGCUUGCUUUUGCCUGCACGAUCCACAAGGUACAAGGCAUGACAACGUCACAGGCUGCAGUCUCGCUGAAAGGUGUUUUCGAACACGGCAUGGGGUACGUAGCUCUGAGUAGAGUGACUUCGCUCAGUGGUCUGCAUAUUCUGCAUAUGGAUGAGAGAAGGCUUCAUGCAAAUCCACAAAUCACUGCUGCUCUUGCUGAGAUGGCAGAGGAUUCUUUGGAGAGCGUCAUGCCCCUCCUUCACGUGAUGCCGUCGGUAGAUCGGGCAAAUCACCUGGUUGUCGUCCAUCAUAACACCGAAGGGCUGUCUUGUCACGUGCAAGAUAUCGUGUCUCAUCACGAACUGCUUUUCGCUGAUGUUUUGUGCUUCACAGAGACACACCUCCAAGGAUCAGUGGCCGAUGGACGUGCUUGCUUGGAAGGCUACACGAUGUUUUGCAGGAACCGAAGUGAUUCUUACACAAACUGUCCUGACUUGGCGACAAAACGUGGUGGCGGCGUAGGUAUUUGUGUCAAAAGUCACAUCGCGGCCCACGAAAAGAAAUACGUUCAGGGUGUGACCGACAUUGAAUUUGUUGUGGUGAAACUUGAAGAUCCCCUCAAUGUGUUGAUUGCUGCCGUUUACAGGCCUCCAGGCAACAGUCUGCGCACUUUUCUGCCAAGCUUGGGAAAUCUCUUGCGGUACCUUGAAGUAAUGGAGCAUCAUCAGAUCUUGGUAUGUGGAGAUUUUAAUGAAGAUAUGCUAUCUGCCUCAUUCAAGCCCAUUCUUGAUUUGUUCCGCUCGAAAGGCUACACGCAACUCAUAGCCACUGCUACCACUGACAAAAACACAUUGCUUGACCUCAUUUUUGUCUCUCGACCUCAGUGUGCCCUUCAUUCAGGUGUCCUGCAAACGUACUACAGCUAUCACAAUCCUGUUUUCUGUGUUUUGACCAGUGAAAGGUAAGUCACAGCUAAAUCAGCAUUUUCUAAAACAACAAGGAUGGAAAUCGAAACGUCAACGGUGUCGUAAGUGUAUAAUAAUAGUGGUGGGAUGCGGUGGGUGAUUUGUUGACUUGAGGAGAGAUGGGAUCCAGAGUGGAAGUGCUCAUUACUUGACCUCUUUUUCUUUCUCUCGACCUCUGUGCUCUUUAUUCAGGUUCCGUGCGAACAUACAACAGCUAUCACAAUCCUGUUUUCUGUGUUUUGACCAGUGAAAGGUAAGUCAAAUCUAUAUCAUGUUUUUCAGUAGUUGGAAAAACAACGAGGACAGACGUCGAAUGGCGUAAGUGUAUAAUAUUAGUGGUGGGAUGUGGUGGGUGAUUUGUUGACUAGAGAUGAAAUGGGAUCUGGGGCUCAGAAUGGUAAACGUAAUGUUGACAUUAGCCUCACAAUUUCCACAUAGAAAAUAACUACCAACCCAUGUGGAUAGCGAUAGCUGGAAAAGCAGCUUUAUACUGAUAAUAUAAAUUGGUGGCAAUGAAGUCCACCCCUAUUUUGGACACUGAGGUUUGUGCAUGAUGCUAGCAAUAAACCUGUUGCCUGGCUGGCAUUACAAAUGGAGAAAACAUCGAAUUGGAAAAUACUUAUCGAUGGCAAAGGUUUGCUUGACGCGAGAAACAUGCUUCAGAGUGAGUGAAGGGGAGACGGAGAGGAGUGGCCUUUUUAACUUGGAUUCACUUUUAUCAUUUUUAAAUGGUCCCAGGCAAAUCAUAGAAGAGUGAUAAAUGGAAACAAACCGUGAGUAAAGCCUUACAUGAAACUGUCAUUAAAAAGUAUCAUGAGUAAAGGUGGUCAUACAUGUAAAGACAAGGACAGUUGAUGUAGCUGAACUCAUGUCUGUGGUGGUAAGUUGAGAUGGGCCUGUAUGUUGAGAUGGAAUGGGGGUUGUUGUGGACUCAAGUUCAGUUAAGGGAAGGCCAAGGCUUUUGAAAUUUUCUACAAGCCUUCCCUUAACUUGAUGUAACUUUUUAAAAUUUUAAACUUUUUAGACUUUUUAAUUAGCUUUCAAAAAGUCUUCCCUUAACUCAAGUUGAUUUAACUUUUUAACUUGUAACAUUUUUAACUUUUUAAACUUUUAACUUAAAAUGCUCACUUUCUAAAUUUUUAACUCUUGUAACAUUUUUAACUUUUUAAACUUUUAACUUAAAAUGCUCACUUUCUAAAUUUUUAACUCUUGUAACAUUUUUAACUUUUUAAACUUUUAACUUAAAAUGUUUCACUUUCCAAAUUUUUAACUUUUGAAACUUUUACAUUUUUUAAACUAUCUUAGACGAGUUAAGGGGAGACUUUUUAACGUUUUACAUGUUUUUAUUUCUGAUUUUAGUUAUAGAAAGGCCUUUUAAACUUUUUUUUUUGAAUUGUUUUUCACAUUAAUUACUUCAUUUUUUUAUGUAUUAUAUUUUUUCUACGUCAUAAUCGUGAGGCGACAACAGAAAACAGACGAGUUCAUUUUAUGUGGCGAAAGCAGCUCAUCCACAGUCCACUGACCAAAGACAUCCUCUCUUCGGCCAUGUACCAGCCAAAUGCCGCCUUAAGUCCAGGAAAAGUUUUCUGAAAAGUGUCCCACCCCUCAGAACGCCGAACACAGGCAGUGAAAGAGUCACUCGGCGGGAAGAAAGACUUGACAAUCUUCCACCAGAAACUACAAUGGAGCUUAAAGCAAGCGAGGCAAUGACCCCAGGAGCAGACACCAACUAUGUAUGCAACGUGGAAAUGCCUAAAUAGACUAAGAUCUGGUGUUGGACGUGCAAAAGUCACUCUCGCCAAAUGGGGACAUCUGGAGGAUCGGAACAGCGAGUGUGACUGUGGCACUGAACCACAGACCAUGCAACACCUCCUCAUGUGCCCCUGCUGGAACAUCCCUGCACAGCAUCGAAUUUAGCAGAGUUUAACGAGAAGGGACAGAAAUGUGUUCAGCUGUGGCUCAACCACAUCUAGCCAAGCCUGUAACUAACUGCCUUGUAGCCACGAUAAGAAGAAGCUCAUCCCAGAAUCGAGGCCAGAGGUAGCCAUGACAUAUUACUUUAUUGUAAUAGGGCAACAGUUUCAAGAACACCUGUACAAGGGAGGCCUGCAUCAUGGAACACAAACUCCCAAACACACAUGACUUCUCCUGCUUCUUCUCACAGCGAGAGCCACGCAUUUCAAGAAGACUUGUACAAGGGAGGCCUGCAUCAUGGAACACAAACUCCCAAACACACAUGACUUCUCCUGAUUCUUCUCACAGCGAGAGCCACGCAUUUCAAGAAGACUUGUACAAGGGAGGCCUGCAUCAUGGAACACAAACUCCCAAACACACAUGACUUCUCCUGCUUCAUCUUAUGUUCCUGGGUCUUGCCUGUGGUUCUACAUGCAUCCAGUCAUGCAGACAGAGAACACCUUAGCCUUUAACUGUCGGAAGCUGUCCCUCUGCGAGGCCUCAUAGUAUAGUCUGUUUUCUGUUCUCAUUCAUUCAUUCAUUCAUUCAUUCAUUUAUUUAUUUA